AUGCCACACCUUUUUCACCUACCCCUUGAGCUUCUCGCGCAAGUUAUCUCAUACGUCGAUCAAUCGACUUUAAAAUGUCUGCGCCGGACGUGUCGCACGCUGGCGCAACUCGCCUCACCGGAACUCUUCCGCGUUGUGCGCCUGUUUCCCAACGAACAAAACUAUGAACGACUUCGCAACAUCUCAAGGGACGCCACACUGGAGACGCUGGUCUUCUGGGGUUAUAAAUGCAUCCUCACCGAGACAGUCAAAUAUGCCGUCAUGCAGCUCAAACGCUUCCCGAACGUGCAAAGCACUGUUCUACGUGUCCAAUCGCUCCGGCUGAACAUAGUUACCGAACGUCUUGUAGAACUCGUAGAAAGCCCAGCAGAUGAGAUCCAAUACCAUGAGGCCCACGAAUUCUUCGAAGAAAUGUCAUCCAACUGGCUGAAUCCCACCAUGGGAUCAUUGGAGCACCUGACGCUCCACUGUGACCAGAAAUGGUCGUUCUUCCCCAAGGUUUACUUUCAUGGGAUUCGCUUCCCAAGGCUGAAGACCCUCGCACUGGGCAAUUUUGCCUUCGGGCUGAACUCACAGGUGGAGUGGAUUCUUUCGCAUGCCCUGACUCUAACGGAAUUGUAUUUGGAUGAUUGUAUUAUUUUGUACGAUUUCGGUAUUACACAAGAGGGUGAAUGGCGGUGUCCGGGUUGUCCUGAACCAAGCGACUACUACCGUUCAGGCGAGAAGCUGUGGAAUGAUCUGUUCGACGCCUUGCGAACAGGCUUGCCUCUUCUUCAGCAUUUUCGCAUGGGAUCAACGUGCUGGUCGUAUUCUGAUGGUGAGUUGCCGUUUGAGAAGGAAACGACCAUUAAUAUCGGCCUUCUGCACGAUCGGUAUAUGGGGUGCCAUGCCUCGGACCCGGACGACUAUAUGCCCAAGGUCAAUGAAAAAGCGGCACAGGAAAAUGGCGAAAUCGAUAGGGCCGCUUUACGGCUCUUGCUGGAGAGUAUAGGGCAACACGUACCGCCGUCUUGGUCGGUAGGCAGAAGAAACAUUAGGAAUCUGGUCGAUACGAAGGAAAGAAGGUGA